GUGCCUGAAAUUAGAAAAAAUGAAUCUCAGUAAAAGAUGGUGGUGAACGUUUAUAAUUUGUCUUCAUUUCAAUAAGAUUCGAGUUUAGCUUCGAAGGAGCUCGACAGGACAACGGUAGCACAACAAUCAUAACGUCGAUAACCGGAGAGGUGAAAGGAUAAUACUGAAGCAAGUAAAAGGGAAAGAAAGAUAGUGAGAGACAGAGAAAGAGAGAGAGAGAAAGAGGCAGAUAGAAGAAUUUCAAGAGUUUAACUUUACUCACAGUAUGGAAUUUAUACCUGCACGCUCGCUUCUACUUUGAAGAAUACUACAGUGGUUAUCGGUAGUUAACAGUAACCAGACGAGUAUAUUACGACCCUUACUAACGAUUCUAACGAAACGUGACAAUCACGACGAUAUGUAAUCAACGACGUAUGCAUGUACGCCGUUAUCAUUUAAUAGAACGGAAUUAGACAAUCGUACGAGGCCCCCUCUUGCAAAAUACGCGACUCGUCAUGUACCAAUUUUUGCAUCCUCGUAAUCGCCCUUUGCAGAGCCUCAUUCUUGGCUUGAUAGUUCUAACUUUUUAUGCUUACUAUCGUACCACCUUCUAUGAUAUUCACCAGUUUGGUUCAGCUAGAAAUUUCAGUCACGCCAUUUAUCAGGAUGCACUUAGAAAUCAAUCGAACCAUAGCAUAGAUAUCCAAUCCAUGCCCAAAAAUAUGACGUAUGAACCUUUGACUUUGAAUUCUUAUUCUCAACAUAAUGCAAGCAAUCCUGCAACAAUUAUCACUACAAUUUCUACGUCAUCUAGUUCUCAAGUUUUGUCUUCCGUAAGCACCUCGCUCAACCUAAAACAAAGCAGUGAAGUACCUUUAUUGGAAACAGAAAUAGUUGUCAAUACACGAAAGAGCAUUUCUGUAGUUUCUAAUGAUUAUGCACGUGCCAUAUAUGAAGCUGGACAUACCGUACCUAUACCAGAAAAAUGUCCAGAUUUUGGCAAAGAAAUGGACUUGGUUAUUAUUAUAAUGUCAGCACCUACGCAUGUGGAAGCAAGGACAGCAAUCAGGCAAACCUGGGGACAUUUUGGACAAAGAAGAGAUAUCAGUAUACUCUUUAUGUUAGGUGCUACUUUAGAUUCUAAAGUUGAAAAAGUACUUGAAAGAGAAGAAAGGAUAUAUGGUGAUAUGAUACGUGGAAAGUUUCUAGAUUCUUAUUCAAAUCUCACUCUUAAAACAAUCUCAAUUCUGGAAUGGGUAGACAGUUAUUGUUCUAAGGUGAAAUUUGUUCUAAAGACAGAUGACGAUAUGUUUAUUAAUGUUCCACGUUUGUUAGCAUUUAUAAACAAGCAUGCAAAAGACAAAAGUGUUAUAUUUGGCAGAUUGGCCAGAAAAUGGAAACCGAUUAGAAAUAAGAAGAGCAAAUAUUAUGUAUCACAAACACAAUUCAAACAGCCCGUAUUUCCAGACUUUACUACAGGUCCAGCUUAUCUAUUAUCUAGUGACAUAGUGAGAAAAUUGUAUGACGCUGCUUUGGACCAAACAUACCUUAAACUCGAAGAUGUUUUCAUGACUGGAAUCGUUGCGCAUAAACUAGGGAUUAAGCGAGUGCAAGCUAAUGAGUUCCUCAACAAACGCAUAGCGUACAGUCUCUGUAAUAUACAACGGGGAAUAAGUAUACAUAUGGUUAAAUACAGCGAACAAUUUGAUCUCUGGAAGAAGUUGCUCGAUGGUAAGAGUAAAUGUAAGUGAUAAGAAUAGAUAGAAGUUGUAUACAUAAUAUUAGAGAAUCGAGUGACAGGGUCCUUUGUCACGAAAAUUUGACUUGAUUCAUUCUAUUUCACAUUUAAUAAUUACCACUUUUUGGUGGUCUGCGAUAUAUGUAUAUUUUAUUCUACUUUUACGGCCUCAGUGAACAAAUACUCUACAUAAUGGUAGCCCAUAGGUAAUUUAAAUUAUUCUAAGUAUAUAAAAUAAUAAGAUUUUAUAUUUUAAGAACUCUGGAGUCUAUGUUUUUACACAUAGUUAGUAUUUAUUGCGAGAUAAUAUGCCAGCAGGAUGAUAUAGUUUGUUAUUGUCAUAUAAUUGGUCUUCUUCUCUUUCCCAUUGAUAUAUUAUUAUUAAUAAAGUUUAAAGCUUUCUAAUUUCUAUGACGUAACAAAAAGGAAGAAGUAAAUUUCACAUUUAAACGCAUUUUAUAUCGCAUAACUCUUACUAUAUCUGUUUUAAUAUUAAAAAGAAUAACAAAGAAUAUUAUAUAUUAUUCUAAUGCCAUUUUUUUAACCAGUGAUGCUCAAUUUGUUUCACAAUAAGUAAGAGUAUUCCAAGCAACUAAAAGCAAUCAGAAAAAUGUUCACUUGAGCACUGCUGCCAUAAAACCAAUAAUUUUCCUACAUAUAUUUAUACAUAUAUUUUUGCUCAUAAAUAUAUAUAUAUUACAGUGAGAAGAUCGUAUUAUAUUUGGACUGGUCGUAUAUAAACUUCUUAUUUAAUAAUUCACAUAAUCGUAAAAAAAACAAUCAUAUAUAUAUAUAUAAAUAUAUAUAUGUGUGUGUGUGUAUACAUUUAUAAUAUGCAUAUAUUUUUUUCUCUGAAUUAUUAUCUAGUCAUUGUCUAGAUAAUAUCUCUACAUGCAUGUGAAAGCAAACUUCCACGUUAUUUAUUUAUUUUUCUUUCUUUUUAUUUUAAAGAAAAUUUUCGAUUAAUAUCUCCCUGCCCACGAAUAAUACGUAGUAGACAUUUAAA